AUGGACAAAGAUCUAAGAAUUCUAGAAGAUAUAAAAACGCAAAUUGAAAAAGGCCUAAUCAACUUUAAGAAGUCGCCGAAAGACAGGAUUGACCAACAUUAUGUGGAAACAAGGCAACAAAUGUUGGAACGAUUAUUUACCACCUUCUCAUCAAAAUAUGAAGCUAUGGUUGGCGACUACGGAAGCGGCAAGAUAGCGAAUUAUUUUCAAGGCGAUGUUUUUGAAGCAACAUCAGAGACGUAUUUAUGUUAUCAGGUUCAGCUUAAGAAAACUAUGUCCACAUUUAAUACCAUAAAAUGUAAGUCCAGUGGCGAAGGUUCAUCAGACAAUUCGCGACCAUCUGUCACAAAAUUACCAAAAAUUCAAAUUCCUAUUUUCAGUGGGAAGUACACUGAAUGGACAUCGUUUAGAGAGUUGUUUAUAUCACUGAUUCAUAAUAAUUCCAUGUUAGACGAUGUUCAGCGGUUACAUUAUCUCAAAACUCAAUUGUCUGGUGAAGCUGAGCAACUCAUAAGACAUGUUCCUGUCACUCAAGCUAACUACAAAAUAUGUUGGGACAUGAUCGAAAGUCGGUAUAAUAAUAAAAAGUACAUUUCAAAUUGUAUUUUGCAGCGGUUGUUCAAUCAAAAAGCGGUAAACGUAGACUCUUCUAGUGCCCUAAAGGGACUUCUUGAUGUGACAAAUGAUUGUUUGCAUCAAUUGUCAAAUCUCGGUAUAAAUGUAAAAACAUGGGAUGUGAUUGUAAUUUAUAUUAUAAGUUUGAAGCUGGACGUAGAAUCUAGGAAGCAGUGGGAACUGCAAGUCAACCAAUCAUCAUCCGUGGAUUUUCCGUCUUGGUUACAAUUUCAAGAGUUUUUGGAGACUCGUUUCCGGGCUCUUGAAUUUAUUCAGCCUACUGGUAAGCCCAAGGUCUUGUAUAGUUACACAACAUCUCACCCCAAAGAAGUAAAUGACGUUACAAAGAUGUCAUGUCCACAUUGUGCCGAAACUCACAGAUUAUUCAACUGCAAGAAGUUCUGCAAGGAGGAAGUCGAACAGCGCCGUAAUAUUGCACAAUCUUUAGGUUUGUGUUUUAACUGUCUAGGAAAGAAUCACACAACCAAAGUUUGUAAAUCACUCACCACAUGCCGUUUCUGCCAGCGCAAACAUCACACCUUAUUACACCUCAGGAACUAUAGUAUACCAAGCACGGAUGCUGGUUCUAGCGAACCAACACCACAGCAGACCACUAACCUCGCAACUCAUCUUUUAAAGGGUAUCGCUCCGGGACGAGUCCUGUUAGCCACAGCUCUUAUAAGAGCCGAGUCAAAAGAUGGGUCCACUCAAGUACUACGAGCCUUGCUGGAUCAAGGAUCGCAGGCGUCAUUUAUAACUGAAGCAGCAGCGCAGUUACUUCGUCUAAAGAGGAUUGGUAGCAAAACCAAGAUAGCAGGUAUAGGAGGUAAUCAGAGCGGCGUUAGCGUUGUCUCCAAUUACACUGACGCUUGGAGAAAAUCAGCGCCGAGUCAGCCAGAAAUCGUAAUAACGCUGUUUAUCUUCCUCAUCAUGCUGUGGUUAGAGAAGAUAAGCUGGCUACUAAAGCAAGGGUGGCCUAUGAUACAUCGUUCAAGGGAACAAAUGUAGUUUCAUUGAAUGACACCUUAAUGGUAGGACGCACCCUCCAGGCAGACUUGCGGCAUAUUGACGACUCCAAGCAUCCAUAUCAUUCCGAAACGUAGGUCAAGAUCAUAGUCAAGAUGUAUACGAUGCGCAGUCACGACAAGAAAUCAGCCGAGAAGAGAAGAGAAUCGACAGAACUUGUUUGUAGAGUAACACCGAUAUACGAUAUACUUGCUACAAAGGAUGUAUUUGCCUAUUUGUAUGAACUUCUGUUCACAUUGUGGCAGUUUCAAAUUGAUCAACAGCAGGAUUUCUGUCUUGUUAACGUUUUGUCGCUCGACUGCUAAAGGAAUGGUAUAAGGGUUUCUACGUAGGCGCAACAGGGAGUAGUCACACAUUUCUUUCAGAGGCAUAAGUGGACAUCUAGAAUUCCUGAAUAAAAGCAAGGCGAUGUUGUGUUAUUAAAGAAGAUGACUUAUCUCCAGCCAAAUGGUUGUAUGGUCAAGUUGAACAAGUGCAUCCUGGAAAGGAUGGUAUCACGCGCGUCGUCACACUUCGGUGUAAAGACACCUUGAUGAAACGUCCAGCUUCAAAGCUAUGUUUACUCUCCAUUAUGUAAAUAUGUUUAGUUCGAAAACGCAGUUAAUGUUAUGUUAACCUUAUAGUUUUUGAUACAAGUAAAUUGUUUUGUAAAUGCAUUAUACUAUUAGUAAGUAAGUUUUGAAGCCAUUAGUUAUUUAUUACAAACCGUCGUAUCAUUAUUACUGUUCACUGAUCGUUUGAUAAAUUCUAUUAUACAUAUACAGUCCAUUGCUCUAUUUAAGUACUUUCGAUCAUAGUGGGCGGUAAUAAAAAGGAAUAAAUUCCUUUUAGUGGGCGGUAUGUUCAGGAUUCCCGGUAUAUGUUGUCUCGUAUGCGACUAGAUGGCGUUGCCGCGUUUAAAUGCAGGCUAUGGUUUCGUUACCAAAAAUAGUAUAAGUUGCAUUUUGACAUUAUAUUAAAGGUCUUGCUAUUUUGAAGAGUG